AUGCAGCCAUUCGAUCAAGCCGGUAAUUUGACCUUGAUUUUGAAAGAAUAUCCUGAACCGGCUGCUAAGAGACUCAAGAUUUUCAAUGAAUUCAUUAUGGGUCCUAAAGGAUACCUCAUACGCAAAUACGAAACACACAGGUUGAUCGUUACGGGAUAUGACACUUGUCUUCCUAAGGACGUUGUCAGGACGGCCCUGGUUGAACAUUUCUCUUCAUGUGGAGAGAUCGUUCAACUUAGUGUUCUCGAAAAGACAUGUCUCGUUUUUAUUAGGGGACCAGACGCUGUAGAGAAGGCGAUGGAGCUUAAUAAUGGUGGAUGCAAAUGCCAUGUCCAAGGAUGUAAGAUCRUAGUUGACAAGGUUAUGAUUCGCRGCCCCGWSACWGAGCCCUAUAUUUCAUGGCCCUCCAGAUGGAAUMYUYCCCAAGAAGGACAGGACCCAGAGCCCUUUACAUGUCCAGUGCCCUUUAAAGGGGGCUUUCUCGAUCCCGGCUUUGCAAAUGGGUUCCUUCCCAAGAAGGACAGGACUAAGGCGUAG